CCUGAACCUCUAGUCCUCCCUCCCAGGACACAUCAGGCUGGAUGGUGACACUUCCACACGCUUGAGUGGGACUGUCUUGUGCUGCUCUGGGAUUCGCACCCAGCUUGGACUGCCCGCUCCACGGGCCCCAGGAAAAGCUCGUACAGAUAAGAUCAGCCACAUGAGUGGGGGGCCUGCAGCAUGCUGCCCUCUCUGUCCCAGAAGUCACGUGCUCGGUCCCCUCUGAAGCCCCUUUGGGGACCUAGGGGACAAGCAGGGCAUGGAGACAUGGAGACAAAGUAUGCCCUUUUCUCUGACAGUGACACCAAGCCCUGUGAACAAACCAGAAGGCAGGGUACUGUGCACCCUGCCCGGCCCCACCAUCUCCCUUACCACCUGUCACCUUGCCACCUGCCUCGGCUCCCAGGUAAGUGGUAACCUGCACAGGUGCACUGUGGGUUUUGAGAAAACUGGAUCUCCCUGCACCUGAGGGGGUAGAGGGGAGGGAGUGCCUGAGAGCUCAUGAACAAGCAUGUGACCUUGAAUCCUGCUUCAUAAAUACCCGAGGCCCAGAGGGAGGGCCACCCAGAGGCUGAUGCUCACCAUGGGGCGCCUGCAACUGAUUGUCUUGGGCCUCACCUGCUGCUGGGCAGUGGCGAGUGCCGUGAAGCUGGGUGCCGUGUACACAGAAGGUGGGUUCGUGGAAGGUGUCAAUAAGAAGCUUGGCCUCCUGGGUGACUCUGUGGACAUCUUCAAGGGCAUCCCCUUCGCGGCUCCCACCAAGGCCCUGGAAAAUCCUCAGCCACACCCUGGCUGGCAAGGGACCCUGAAGGCCAAAAACUUCAAGAAGAGAUGCCUGCAGGCCACCAUCACCCAGGACAGCACCUACGGGGAUGAAGACUGCCUGUACCUCAACAUCUGGGUGCCCCAGGGCAGGAAGCAAGUCUCCCGGGACCUGCCCGUUAUGAUCUGGAUCUAUGGAGGCGCCUUCCUCAUGGGGUCCGGCCACGGGGCCAACUUCCUCAACAACUACCUGUAUGACGGCGAGGAGAUCGCCACACGCGGAAACGUCAUCGUGGUCACCUUCAACUACCGUGUCGGCCCUCUUGGGUUCCUCAGCACUGGGGACGCCAACCUGCCAGGUAACUAUGGCCUUCGGGAUCAGCACAUGGCCAUUGCUUGGGUGAAGAGGAAUAUCGCGGCCUUCGGGGGGGACCCCAACAACAUCACGCUCUUCGGGGAGUCUGCUGGAGGUGCCAGCGUCUCUCUGCAGACCCUCUCCCCCUACAACAAGGGCCUCAUCCGGCGAGCCAUCAGCCAGAGCGGCGUGGCCCUGAGUCCCUGGGUCAUCCAGAAAAACCCACUCUUCUGGGCCGAAAAGGUGGCUGAGAAGGUGGGUUGCCCUGUGGGUGAUGCUGCCAGGAUGGCCCAGUGUCUGAAGGUUACUGAUCCCCGAGCCCUGACGCUGGCCUAUAAGGUGCCGCUGGCAGGCCUGGAGUACCCCAUGCUGCACUAUGUGGGCUUCAUCCCUGUCAUUGAUGGAGACUUCAUCCCCGAUGACCCCGUCAACCUGUACGCCAACGCCGCCGACAUCGACUAUAUAGCAGGCACCAACAACAUGGACGGCCACAUCUUCGCCAGCAUCGACAUGCCUGCCAUCAACAAGGGCAACAAGAAAGUCACGGAGGAGGACUUCUACAAGCUGGUCAGUGAGUUCACAUUCACCAAGGGGCUCAGAGGUGCCAAGACGACCUUUGAUGUCUACACUGAGUCCUGGGCCCAGGACCCAUCCCAGGAGAAUAAGAAGAAGACUGUGGUGGACCUUGAGACCGAUGUCCUCUUCCUGGUGCCCACCGAGAUUGCCCUGGCCCAGCACAGAGCCAAUGCCAAGAGUGCCAAGACCUACACCUACCUGUUUUCCCAUCCCUCUCGGAUGCCCGUCUACCCCAAAUGGGUGGGGGCCGACCAUGCAGAUGACAUUCAGUACGUUUUUGGGAAGCCCUUCGCCACCCCCACGGGCUACCGGCCCCAAGACAGGACAGUCUCUAAGGCCAUGAUCGCCUACUGGACCAACUUUGCCAAAACAGGGGACCCCAACAUGGGCCACUCGGCUGUGCCCACACACUGGGAACCCUACACUACGGAAAACGGCAGCUACCUGGAGAUCACCAAGAAGAUUGACAGCAGCUCCAUGAAGCGGAGCCUGAGAACCAACUUCCUGCGCUACUGGACCCUCACCUAUCUGGCGCUGCCCACGGUGACCGACCAGGAGGCCACCCCCGUGCCCCCCACAGGGGGCUCCGAGGCCCCCCCCGUGCCGCCCACGGGUGACUCCGGGGCCCCCCCCGUGCCGCCCACGGGUGACUCCGGGGCCCCCCCCGUGCCGCCCACGGGUGACUCCGGGGCCCCUCCCGUGCCGCCCACGGGUGACUCCGGGCCCCCCCCCGUGCCCCCUACGGGUGACUCCGGGGCCCCCCCCGUGCCGCCCACGGGUGACUCCGGGGCCCCCCCCGUGCCGGCCACGGGUGACUCCGGGGCCCCCCCCGUGCCCCCUACGGGUGACUCCGGGGCCCCCCCCGUGCCCCCUACGGGUGACUCCGGGGCCCCCCCCGUGCCCCCUACGGGUGACUCCGGGGCCCCCCCCGUGCCCCCUACGGGUGACUCCGGGGCCCCCCCCGUGCCCCCUACGGGUGACUCCGGGGCCCCCCCCGUGCCCCCUACGGGUGACUCCGGGGCCCCCCCCGUGCCCCCUACGGGUGACUCCGGGGCCCCCCCCGUGCCCCCUACGGGUGACUCCGGGGCCCCCCCCGUGCCCCCUACGGGUGACUCCGGGGCCCCCCCCGUGCCGCCCACGGGUGACUCCGGGGCCCCCCCCGUGCCGCCCACGGGUGACUCCGGGGCCCCCCCCGUGCCGCCCACGGGUGACUCCGGGGCCCCCCCCGUGCCCCCUACGGGUGACUCCGGGGCCCCCCCCGUGCCGCCCACGGGUGACUCCGGGGCCCCCCCCGUGCCCCCUACGGGUGACUCCGGGGCCCCCCCCGUGCCGCCCACGGGUGACUCCGGGGCCCCCCCCGUGCCCCCUACGGGUGACUCCGGGGCCCCCCCCGUGCCCCCUACGGGUGACUCCGGGGCCCCCCCCGUGCCCCCUACGGGUGACUCCGGGGCCCCCCCCGUGCCCCCUACGGGUGACUCCGGGGCCCCCCCCGUGCCCCCUACGGGUGACUCCGGGGCCCCCCCCGUGCCCCCUACGGGUGACUCCGGGGCCCCCCCCGUGCCGCCCACGGGUGACUCCGGGGCCCCCCCCGUGCCGCCCACGGGUGACUCCGGGGCCCCCCCCGUGCCGCCCACGGGUGACUCCGGGGCCCCCCCCGUGCCCCCUACGGGUGACUCCGGGGCCCCCCCCGUGCCCCCUACGGGUGACUCCGGGGCCCCCCCCGUGCCCCUUACGGGUGACUCCGGGGCCCCCCCCGUGCCCCCCACGGGUGACUCCGAGGCCGCCCCCGUGCCCCCCACAGAUGACUCCAAGGAAGCUCAGAUGCCUGCAGUCAUUAGUUUUUAGCGUCCCAUGAGCCUUGGUAUCAAGAGGCCACAAGAGUGGGACCCCAGGGGCUCCCCUCCCAUCUUGAGCUCUUCCUGAAUAAAGCCUCAUACCCCUGUCAGCGUCUUUCUUUGCUCCCAAGGCUAAGCUGCAGGAUCUGCCUGUCAAUUGCAGGCUUGCUUUUUCAUGCCCAGCUCGUCUUAUCUUUGGCCAGAGGCGGCCUCAGGUUGACCUCUGUAGUCCUUUGACUCAACCCUUGGGUCUUGGGCACCUUCCUUACUUGCAGCCACCAUGAUGGUGCAGGCUCCAGCCCCUCCCUGGCAUUUCCUGCCAUGGACCCGGCCCAACCAUCUCCCCAGGGUGCACUCCUUCGUCGGUGUGAAUAUCGUGUUUAGAGACCCCAGUCUGGUCACCAGGGGUGGUGCUUGCUCCUGGAAUUUCAUUACUGCUAGGGCUUUGGAAGAGACAGAGCCAGGAAAUAAGUAUUUUUUUUUUAACCAGUAAAAAAAAAAAAAAUAAAGUAUGAGGCCGGGA